AGCACACAUUGGUUUUAUUGCUUGCGUUUUCCGAGUAUUGUGGCUUGACGCACUAGCAUGCGUAGCGGCGAACUGCGCUAUCAUGCUGUCUCUACUCGUACGAGUGCCCGUUUUGGAUAUGCUGCUGAGAGCCGAUAGUGAAAUUGAGGCCACCACAUUGACUGCUCUGCUGGUGGCCAGCUGUGCGUCAGAGUUCUUCUCCGGAUGCUUCGAAGCUGCGUGCUCUUACGGAAUGGCUGUGCGAAUCAGGUCGCUGUUGCAGAGCGCCAUCUUCAACAAGAUGAUGCUCAUGAGUCCAACCGCUCUGUCAAGGAAUUCGGCGGGGUACCUUGUGUCGCUCGUGGGUGUCGACUGCGUCAUAAUAUCCAUGGCUGCCACUGUCGUCAUAAGGGUCGCAUUUGGGCUCCUCUUCACACCAUUCAUGUUCUACGCCCUCUGGCGCCGUGCAGGCACAAUUCCGGUUCUUUGCUGCGUGGCUUGGCUACUUUUCGUUUUCCUGUUGUUCAUUCCUGCGAUGAAGCUGCAACAAAAAAUGUGGGCACGUGUAAUAAAAUGCCGUGACACUCGACUGAAGAAGAUAACCGAUAUUUUGUCCUCCGUGCGACUGGUGAAGUUUUACGCGUGGGAGCAGGCGUUCGUCCAAUCGUUGUCGCAGCUCAGGCGACCGGAGCUUAAACACAUGUUUGCCGUCAAUCUCACGGACGGGCUCUUGGACUCUCUUUUCGUCUCCACCAGUUCAGUGAUGGCUGUCAUACUGUUCGGAACGUGGGCACUGUGCUAUCCUGAAAAGGCACUUACUGCAUCACUUUCGUUCUCCUGCAUCUACGCAUUGUCACUUCUGGAUCCAGCCUGCGGCAACAUCGUUGUCAUGCUAAGAAUGAUUGUGCUGUCAGUCUACGCGGUCAAGAGGAUCACCAAGGCAUGCACAGAACCGGAAAGAAGAGAAGCCGACAGCUUUUCCGAAGAAAGCGUCCAACCUGAAGUUGAAGGAUCGGUGUGCCUGGAAGAUUGUUGUUUCACGUGGAGCUCCGCGGAAGCCCGCCAUCGAACAAGCGGGGAAGCUAUCUUGCGUGACGUGAACCUGAAAGUGGAGCCUGGUUCCUUGGUUGGCCUCGUGGGCUCCGUGGGAAGCGGAAAGUCGUCACUGCUAAGUGCAAUUCAGGGCGAUGUUCAUCAAACAAAGGGCCGCUUCCGGGUGACGGGCUCCAUAGCCUGCGUACCACAGAGCGCGUGCAUCUACAACAUGUCUAUCAGGGACAACAUCUUGUUCGGCAGACGUUUCGACGUGUCCCUCUACGAACGGGUGCUGUCUGCUUGCGAGCUGUUGAAAGAUAUAGCUGGAUAUCCUGCCGGAGACCUCACGGAGGUCGGACAAAAGGGUGCAACGCUCAGUGGUGGUCAGAAGCAGAGAAUCGCCCUUGCCCGAGCGGUCUACAGUGACAGCAGCGUGUACCUUCUCGACGACACACUGAGUGCUCUGGACGUGCAUGUGGCGUCCAAGGUUUUUGACAGAGUGAUUAGCAGGCAUGGAAUGCUUCGGAAAAAGACGAGACUCAUUGUAUGCACGCAGACUCAGUACCUUGAGCAGAUGGAUAUGAUAUUACUUGUUGCUGACAGACAAAUUACGCCUUUUGAAACCGUAAAGCAACUUAUGAACGAUUCGAGAUGCCCCAAGAUGAUUUGCAGUGGUGACAAAAUAAAAGACAGGAGAACAGAUGGGAAGGACACGGAUAUGCCUCAGAAUAAUGAGAAGAAAGGACUUGUACAUAGAGUCACGGAGGAUGAAGUUGAAACAUCAAACUUGGGAAAUACAGACCUACUUUUAUCUAUUGUGCGGAUGUGCGGGCCCUCGCUGGCUUUGUGCUGCUCGAGUUUCCUGCUACGAGCUUGUGCCGUGGGAGCAUAUUUGGUCUGGAUGAAGCAGUGGACAGAUGCAAGCACUACGCAAUGGAGUACGUCUUUAUGGGUCGGAGGACUGAUAGCUAUAUGCAUUUGUGACGUGCUGUUUGGUUGUCUGGGAGCCUUCACACUCGCUGUGAGCCAACGCAACCUGUCCAACCGCCUGUACAAAGCGAUGAUUCGGAGCGUCCUAGGCUGUCCUGUGGUCUUCUUCGAUGCCACCCCGAGGGGCCGUGUGCUCAACCGCCUUUCCACUGAACUGGACGCCAUCGAGUCGCGUCUUUUUAUUGGUUGCAAGCAGCUGCUGCAGUCGCUCACUGCAGGGAUCGCCAGGAUCAUCGUGACAGGACUCCAGGUGCCAACGGCAGCAGUUGUGGCAGCUUUGGCUGUCACAUUCUACUUAUUUGCAAUGGUGAUUCUGGCAAAAGCCUCGAAUAUGGCGCGCCGGUUUGAAAGCGUACACGUGGCGCGCCUCCUGCAACACGUGGCUGAGACACGUGACACGCUCAGCGUGAUCCGUUCCUACGGCGUCGAGGAUCGCUUCUGCGCACAUUGCUACCGACUCGUGGACGCGGCGAUGACUGCCUUGCAGACGCUAGUGGACUGCCUCCGGUGCUGCCGUUUCCUCGGUGGCUUAUGUGGCUUUGUUGUCAUCCUGGCAUCCGUCGUGUUUGCCAUUCUUCCGCUGGGACGCAUCCAGAACGUUGGAGCGGAUGGAAGCUCUGUUGGGCUUGUACUUAGUUCGUCUAUGGGAGUUUCGCUUCUUGUGAUGGCAUCCACAGGUGCCGUGUUCUUCUCUGUCCAAACAUUAGUUUCCUUCGAGAAGUGUCUCGAGUACACUCGGUUACCGCAAGAGGUUGACGAUGACAAAUCAGAGAGCAUCACCGACAAUGCUCGGACAAAUGCGAAAGGAUGUGACAGCUACCAGAUCAUUGGCAUUCGUCCACUGCAUGACACAACGUGGCCUUCUGAAGGAAAGCUCGAAUUCGACCAUUAUUCUGCGUCCUACAAGCCGGGAAUCCUGCCAGACGUUCUCACCAAUUUGUCGUUUGUUGCGUAUCCUCGAGAGAAGGUUGGCGUUGUCGGCCGCACCGGCGCAGGCAAAUCGUCACUGCUCAUGGCGGUUCUCAGAGUCUUGAAAGCGUCUGCUGGAUGCAUCCGCAUCGACAAUGUCGACAUAACAACGGUGUCGCUCCGUCGGCUACGGUCGGUUGUCACCAUCAUCCCGCAGGACCCUUACUUCACAAGAGGCGCACUGCGGGAAGUUUUGGACCCGACUGGCAGCCACUCCGACAGCGACGUGUGGUGUGCACUGGGACAAGCCCACCUGACCGAAUUUGUCUCGCGCCAUUCCAUGAAUUUACAAAUGGACGUGGGAGAUGGUGGCAGCAAUCUCAGUGCCGGACAGCGACAGCUUGUAUGCCUCGCCAGGGCCCUGCUGCGGCGACCACGUGUGCUGCUCAUGGAUGAGGCCACAUCACACAUGGAUGGUGACACUGACAGGAUCGUGCAGGCUACGCUACGACAGAGCUUCGCCUACUGCACCGUACUUACCAUCGCGCACAGGCUCGAGACUAUACUAGACUACGACAAGAUCUUGGUGAUGUCCAAAGGUCGGGUAGUGGAGUACGGUUCCACACAGAAGCUGGCCUCUAAUCGAAAUUCCGCAUUCCACACAAUGCUUCGCCAGGCUGGUCUCCUACCAAAGGACCAUUCGCGAGCUUAUGAUGACCUACCUUAUCACAAAACCCGUUUGUGAGCACUGGGAUAACUGCUGCCUGUACAUAGCUGGAAAUUUUAUUUGUACGGAGAUGUGUGUUUAGUACGCAUUGAGUGUCAUAACACUGUCACUGUGCGAAAUAACAAUGUUAUCAUAGUAAAAUGCUUUGCCCUGGCGAAGUGAAUUUCAGAUGGUCUGUGUUUGAUAAA